AUGAACUCCCAGGUAAAUAACCAAAAUGAUAACCAAGAGGUGUUUAAGGAGGACCAGUUUAGACCGGUCUUCUUUGAUAAAUCAUCUGGUGGUGGCCAAGCCACCACCAGCAGUGGUCCCGCAGAAGAAAAACGGGUCAGGCUAGACGCUAGCAUCAAUAAGGACGAAAAUAUGUCGCCCACUACAAAACAGAUACCGGUGAUGAAUCCGUUGAGUCGGAAGCAAUCUCAUAGUUCGCAUAUGAAUGCGCUCGCUCGCACUCACACCGUUCGUACACACAAUCUUCUUGGACACACGUCCAACACGUCCAAACAGCAUACACAUCCAUUCGGACUUGGUAAUAGCAAGCGCAAGGCACCCAAGUUCAUCCGCAAGUUUAGGUCGCGGAGCUUGCCCAUCAUCAACUAUGCGAAACCGGGGCACAUACAGCAUUUACAGAAUUUUCCAAAAAUCGCCCACACGUCGGUGCCUCCGUUGCCGCCGAUCAACUUGCAGAGCUUGAAGGAGAUCGACUUGCACGAAAUAUUGAAAAACCCCCAGUUGAGGCACGAUAUUGUGUUUGACCCGCAGUUGCAGUUUAGGCCCAAUCUCGACGGCGAGAGGGGCAAGAGAAAGAAGAGCAUCAUCGACAAGUACUGGGGCGAGAUCGAAAAGGAGUGUAGCCAGUUCUUUGCGGACUCGCAGUCGCACAACAUGAUCAAGAUAUCACGCUUGCCCAUCUUGGUCACCACCUUGCGCGAUAUCUUGUUGUCUUUGCUUCCAUACAAGGACAGAUCGUCCGUGAACGAGGUCAUGGACAUCGAGCUCUUGAUCCAGCAGUUGUCCCACGGGUCCUUUGAUUUUGUUGCGUUGUCCCAGUGGUUGGGUGAGGUGUUCAAAUCUCACUGCGCGCCCAUGAGGGACCAGUGGGUCGCCGACAUGAUCAACAAGUUUAGACUUGCCUUCACCGACAAUUCGGUCAAGUACUUGGUACAGGGCUUGAGGAUGAUCUUUCUGAUUUUGGAAGCAAUGAAGUUGGAUGUCGCCAACCACCAAAUCAGAAUAUUGAGACCCGUCCUCAUCGAAACCGCCGUUGACUUUGAAAAAGACUACUUCCACCAAUUAAUACUAAACUCGAAAAUCGAUAUUUCCGAUCUGUUGAAGUGGUUCUACAAACUGUACCAUAAGAAAUGCGAUAAGCUCGUCAAACUUUUACCUAAUGAUGUAUCGGAUGAAGAACAGAAAAAGUUUUUGCUUUCGUCCUCAAUCAUAGACUUAUUAUCCUGUCGCAACAUGGCCACAGAAUUCCCAUCUACUUUGGCAUUUGAUCACACCAGAUUGGUGUUGUUGAGAGCUGAUGUCAGACAGUUGGUCUGUGUUCAGUUAUGUAUUGUCUUGUACAAGCAACUUCUCAUUAAUUAUCCACAAGCAUCCAGUUACAGAUCAGAAAGUUUUAAGCCUGCUAAUAUCAACAAAAUCCAAGAGGAACUCUUGGCGAUUGUUAGAGAUGAUAAUGGCAAUGUCAAAUGGACUAGAAAUAUUCAAUCUAUUGCAUUACAGUUAGUCAAGAAUGCUGUUACUGACCCACUUACAGGCAAAUCGGAUGAGCUUCCCCAGGCAAUGGUUACGUUUGCUAAUGGCUGGUUAAUAAAACAGAUUCAACCAGUUUCAGAAGUCUAUGGCUUAAUGGAGGAGAAAAUCUUCAAGGAUUUGUUCGUUGAAGUUAUCAAUUCGUCAAAGGCUUCCGCUGCAUCAUCUGCAAUUGCGACUAAGAACGUAUCGGAAAUGUCUAGUAUCGCUAACAGAAUUUAUGCGUUAGUCAAGUUCCAUUGGAGUGUAUUCGGUAAUUACUAUUCUGAUUAUUUCGACGAAAAUAAAUAA